GCCAUGAUGGAGGAGCACCAGCCUCUUACAUCACAGGAGAAUUCCAGUAAAGAUUUUAAAGGAAACUUCUUGCUAAGACCAAAUUAUAAAGUAGAACAUGAAGAUCUCAUGCAGCACUCUUCAGGAGGCAACCAUGUUAAUCUUAAUGUAUUUUCAGGACUUCCUAUUACAGAUCUAUCACAUAAUCCCCCUAAUCAUGAGGAACCUUCUGUUAACCAAUCACAGAUUGUUACCAGAAGUGCAGGUCAAAAAGAGCUCCAGCCUGGUAAAGAGUUUACAAAGAGAUCUAGUCACAGAACUACACACAGAAGAAUUCACAGUGUGGAGAAGCGCCAUUUAUGUUUAGAAUGUGAGAAAUAUUUUACGGAUAAAUCAAGUCUUGUUAAACAAAAGAGUAGUCAUAGAGGAAAGAAGCCAUAUUCGUGUUCAGAAUGUGGGAAAUACUUUGGCUAUAAAUCAAUUCUUGUUCAACAUGAGAUAAAUCACACAGGAGAGAAAACAUACUCCUGUUCAGAAUGUGGGAAAUGUUUUGCACAAAAAUUUGAACUUGCUUACCAUAAAAUACGUCACACACAAGAGAAGCGAUAUUCAUGUUCAGAAUGUGGGAAAUGUUUUGUAGAUAAAUCAUAUCUUGUUAUACAUGAGAGGAUUCAUACAGGGGAGAAACCAUAUUCAUGUUCAGAAUGUGAGAAAUGUUUUGCAGAUAAAUCAAGUCUUGUUAAACAUGAAAGAAUUCACACAGGAGAGAAGCCAUAUGCAUGCUUAGAAUGUGAGAAAUGUUUUUCAGAUAAAUCAAAUCUAGUUACACAUGAGAAAAUUCACACAGGAGAGAAGCCAUAUUCUUGUUCAGAAUGUGAGAAAUCUUUUAUACUUAAAUCACAUCUUACAAGACAUAAUAGAAUUCACACAGGAGUGAAACCAUAUCCAUGCUCAGAAUGUGGAAAAUGUUUUGCACGUAAAACAAAUCUAGUUAGACAUGAGAGACUUCACACAGGAGAGAAGCCAUAUUCUUGUUCAGAAUGUGGAAAAUCUUUCAAAAAUAAAUCAUAUCUUAUUAGACAUAAGAGAAUGCACACAGAAGUGAAGCUGUAUUCAUGUUCAGAAUGUGAGAAAUGCUUUAGCUAUAAAUCAAGUCUUGUUAAACAUGAGAGAAUUCACACAAGAGAGAAGCCGUAUGCAUGCUUAGAAUGUGGGAAAAGUUUUAACCAAAAAUCAGGACUUUUUUCCCAUGAGAGAAUUCACACAGGAGAGAAGCCAUAUUCGUGUUCAGAGUGUGGGAAAUGUUUUAAACAAAAAUCAGAACUUGUAACACAUAAGAGAAGUCACACAGGGGAGAAACCAUAUUCAUGUACAGAAUGUGGGAAAUGUUUUGCACAGAAAACAAGUCUUAUUUCACAUAAAAGAGGUCACAGAGGAGAGAAGCCUUAUUCUUGUUCAGAAUGUGGGAAAUCUUUUCUACAGCAAUCAAGUCUUUUUUCACAUAAGAGAAUUCACACAGGGGAGAAACCAUAUUCAUGUACAGACUGUGGGAAAUGUUUUGCACAGAAGUCAAGUCUGGUUUCACAUAAGAGAACUCACACAGGAGAGAAGCCAUAUUCAUGUUCAGAAUGUGAGAAAUGUUUUACACAUAAAUCAAGUCUAGUUGCACAUGAGAGAAUUCACAAAGGAGAGACGCCAUAUUCAUGUUCAGAAUGUGGAAAAUGUUUUACACGUAAAUCAAGUUUUGUUACACAUGAGAGAAAUCACACAGGAGAGAAGCCAUAUUCAUGUUCAAAAUGUGGGAAAUGUUUUGCAAAUAAAUCAGAUUUUGUUAAACAUGAGAGAAUUCACACAGGAGAGAAGCCAUAUUCAUGUUCAGAAUGUGAGAAAUCUUUUACAGAUAAAUCAAGUCUUGCUAGACAUAAGAGAAUUCACACAGGUGAGAUGCCAUAUGCAUGCUUAGAAUGUGGGAAAUGUUUUAAACAAAAAUCAGAACUUGUUUCCCAUGAGAUAUGUCACACAGGAGAGAAGCCGUAUUCAUGUUCAGAAUGUGGAAAGUGUUUUGCACAAAAAUCCACUCUAGUUACACAUAAGAGAUUUCACACAGGAGAGAAGCCAUAUUCAUGUUUAGAAUGUGGGAAACGUUUUACAGAUAAAUCAAGUCUUGUUAAACAUGAGAGAAUGCACACAGGAGAAACUCCAUAUGCAUGCUUAGAGUGUGGGAAAUGUUUUACUACUAAAGCCAAUCUUAAGAAGCAUCAGGCAAGUCACAAAGGAGAGAAGCAGUUUUAA